AUGUUUCUCCGCACCCUGCGGCGCCCGCACUCACUCCAUAGUCGACGGCGGUGGGAGCAGCGCAUCGCCUCGGUGCUCUCAGAGCACGAGGAGGCCGCGGUGGACGACGUGGCGCGGCGCUUUGCCCGCAUCUACAAGGAGCGUCGGUACACUCCCGUGGAGGAGGCCUUCCCGCUGCGCGACACGGCGCGGUGGGUGGGACUGCCGGAGGCAUCGGGUGCGUCGUCGAAGGCAACCCGCGCCGUUGCGCAGCCGCCCAACCCGCACACUCUCAAGCUCGCCCUCCUGGGGCCGCAGAACUCCGGUAAGACCUCGUUGCUUAAUGCGCUUUCCCUCAGCCACAUUGGCGCCGUGAGCAAUCGCAGCGGCAGCACGAAGGACUGGCUAAAAGGCGUUGCAACGGUGCACAACACCCAGCUGGUGAUGCUUGACACACCCGGCAUUGUCAUGGUCAACGGCGAGAAGGACCGUCGCCGGCACGCUGCACCCUCGGCGCGCGCUUGGGAUGCCUUGAUGGUGACCGAGCUCGUUGUCCUCACUUUACCCGCCGGCCUUGGCUUCGUGGAGCCUGAGCAGAAGGCGGUCGCCCGCGAGGUCGUGCACCGUGCCUCACUGCGUAAGCUGCCCGUUGUGCUGGUGAUUACCAUGAUGGACAAGGUUCAGACUCUCAAGCACCGUGAGUUGUACUUUUCGAUGCGCACCGACUUUGAAUCCAUGUGUUUGCCGAUCGCGGCGACUCAUGAAACGAGUGUGAAGGGAGGUAGUGGCCUGCUAGAGCUUAAAGACUUCCUCUGCAGGUACGCCACGCCAGGGGAGUGGGAGCACUUUCGCAAUGAGGCCACCGACAUCAACCCGGUCGACCGGCUCUCAGAAUUGCUGCGGCAGUGCUUCUUUGAGGUGCUGCCGCACGAGAUCCCACACCAAAUGCGCCACCGCAUCAUAGGAUGGACCAAGAAGGACUCGGGUACCACGGAGGUCAUCACUGAGGUUUUCUUUGAUCGUCCGGCCUACAUGUUUACCUUCUACUCCAAGCUGGAGGCCAUCUGCUAUCGGGCGCAGCGUGUUGUGGAACGCGAGUUAAAAGGACGAUAUCGAUUUGUGUUUCAAGCCUUCAUUGCACCGGGCGGAGUCUCCUCCAGAUGA